AUGGCGGCGCCGGCGUUAUACUACCUGCUGCUGGUUCCCUUACUGGCAAUCAUUCCCUUUUUAUGCCUGAUCCAUUGCUAUAGUUGGCGGCGGACUGUUGCACCAAGCCGUCUGCCUCCAUCUCCAUGGGCGCUACCGGUGAUCGGCCACCUCCACCACCUCAUUGGUGCUCUCCCGCACCGCGGCAUGCGGGACCUCGCGCAGCGCCAUGGCCCGCUCCUGCUGCUCCGCCUCGGUGGGCUCCCUGUAGUCAUCGCCUCCUCGGCAAUGGCGGCGCGCGAGGUGAUGAAGACGUGCGACAUGGACCUGGCCACCCGCCCGGUGAGCCGCAUGAUCCGCAUUGCCAUCCCCGAGGGUGCCGAGGGGGUCGUCUUCGCGCCUUACGGUGACACAUGGAGGCUGAUGCGCAAGAUCUGCAACGUCGAGCUGCUGAGCGCUCCCCGUGUCCAGUCGUUCUGGCCCCUGCGCGACGACGAGGUUGGCCGGCUGCUCCGGGCGGUGGCACUGGCAGCUUCGGCGCAGCAGAAGCAGACGGUGAACCUAAGUAAGCUUGUCGCGGCGUACGCCGCCGACUUCUCCGCGCGCGCAAUCAUCGGCAGCCGUUUUAAGGAACGGGACUCGUUCCUGGCGAUGCUGGCGCGCGGGAUCAAGCUAUUUGCCAAGAUAGGUUUGCCGGACCUCUAUCCUUGUUCUUGGCUCGCCAUGGUCGUCAGCCGGAUACCAGGCCAGAUGAAGAAGCACAAAGAGGAUGCAGAUGCCUUCCUAAACUCCAUUAUCGACGAGCACCAGCAGAACUACAGAGUUUGUGGUGGUGAUAAGGAGGAGGACAUGCUGGACGUGCUCUUGAGGUUGCAGAGAGAGGGUAGCCUGCUGCGGCACCCUCUUUCUACUGACCGUAUCAAGACAAUCAUGGGCGAUAUGUUUGCCGGGGGGAGCGAUACCGCUGCAACAACACUGCAAUGGAUCAUGGCCGAGCUCAUGAGGAACCCCAGACUGAUGCAUAAGGCCCAAGAAGAGAUCAGACGAGAAUUGGCUGGACAGCACAAGGUGACAGAGAAGGGCCUAAGAAAUCUCAACUACAUGCACCUGGUCAUCAAGGAGGCGCUUCGACUGCACCCUCCGCUGCCCCUACUGCUGCCGCGAGAGUGCCAGAAAAACUGCAAGCUCCUAGGCUACGACAUACCCAAGGGCACAAUGGUGCUCGUGAAUGCAUGGGCCAUAAACAGGGACCCCCGCCACUGGGACGCACCCGAGGAUUUCAUUCCGGAGAGGUUUGAACGUAGCAACAUUGACUUCAAAGGGACCAACUUUGAGUACACGCCAUUUGGGGCAGGGCGGCGGAUGUGCCCGGGUAUGGCCUUUGGUCUGGUGAACAUAGAGUUCGCGCUCGCUGGGCUGCUCUACCACUUCGACUGGGAGCUGCCACACGACACACAGGCCGGGAAGCUGGACAUGGCAGAAGAAAUGGGCGUCACUGUGCGCCGUCGUCAAGACCUUUUGCUUGUUCCGACCAUCCGAGUGCCUUUGCCAAUAGACUACCAGUAA